AGGUGGAGAAAUGCAUCGAUAACGAGGCGGAGAAGGACUAUCUGUACGAUGUGCUCCGGAUGUACUACCAGUCUAUGAAUCUCCCGGUGUUUGUUGGCGAUCUGAAGUUGGUCAUCAAUGAGCCGUCACGGUUGCCGUUGUUCGAUGCCAUCCGCCCGCUCAUCCCACUGAAGCAUCAGGUGGAGUAUGACCAGCUCACUCCAAAACGGUCCAGGAAGCUGAGGGAGGUGAAGUUGGACCGCUCCCACCCCGAUGGACUCGGAUUCAGCGUUCGGGGAGGUCUGGAGUUCAGAUGCGGAUUGUUCAUCUCUCAUAUCAUGAAGGAAGGCCAGGCAGACAGCGCGGGGCUGCAGAUUGGGGAUGAGCUUGUUCGGAUAAACGGAUACUCCAUCAGUUGCUGCAUCCACGAGGAAGUCAUCAACCUCAUCCGCACCAAGAAGAUCGUCUCCAUUAAAGUCCGACAUGUCGGGAUGAUUCCAGUGAAGAGCUCAGCUGAGGAGCCGCUGCAGUGGCAGUAUGCCGACCAGAUCAUAUCGGAGACCGAGGACGGGAAGAGCAGCGUGGCGGGACUGGCAUCCACCGGCGGGAGGGAGGUGAAGGAGAAGAAAGUCUUCAUCAGCCUGGUGGGCACCACAGGGAUGGGCUGCAGCAUUUCUAGCGGUCCGUCCCAGAAACCCCGGAAUAUUCAUCAGUAAUGUGAAGGCGGGAUCUAUAUCAGCGGAGGUGGGGCUGGAGAUUGGUGAUCAGAUUGUGGAGGUGAAUGGUGUGGAUUUCUCCAACGUGGAUCAUAAAGAGGCGGUACAAGUACUGAAGGGAAGCCGGAGCCUGACCCUGACCGUCGUCACUGGAGCCGGCCGGGAACUCUUGGGGAGGGACGGGGUGGGAUAGUAGGGGGGGGCGCCAGGAGGGGAGGUCAGGAACUCCUCCGACAGAAGGGGGGCCAUGGGGGGGAGAACAAGAUCCUGGAGCAGCAGGAGAAGGAGAAGGUGAGGAAGAUGGAGACGUCCAGAAGAUGGCGGAAUAUGGAAGAGGAGCGAUACCGCAAGGAGAUGGAGAAGAUCUUGCGCAGGAGGAGAGGAGAUACAGAGAGGAUGAGGGAGGAGGGACUGGGGGGCGCAAGGGAGGGACCGAAGAGUGCCAAACCCUCCCCCCCCAGAGGGGAGGAACGCAGCCCCCCCUUACCAGACAAGGGUAGGUCCAGCAUGGGGGGAUUGGGGCCUCUCACAGGAUCUAUAGUAUAUGGAGGAGGGGGCUUCAUACAGGAUCUAUAGUAUAUGGAGGAGAUGGAGACCUCACACAGGAUCUAUAG